AUGGCGACGAGGGAGGAUGCAAGAGUAGUUCAUGUCUUUGUAGAAGAUCCAUCGGUCGUCCUCAUAGAAGACGUGCACGACUGGCUGCGGAUCAUUGAUGAUGUUGAGGAGGCAAAGGAGCAGUACGACACGGCGCGGCGGUGCCGAUUUUAUUGGCUGCGCUUUAAACAUGGGUUCGCGGCGCAGCUGGCGGUGAACUACCUUGACGGGGAGAAGCUGAAAAACAAUGUCGUCCGCAUCUUUUCGAGCGUCUACACCAAGCGAACUCCGGUGGAGGCUGACGCGGAAGACACCACACAUCCUGAGGGAGAAAAGGAGGAGCAGCAGGCAGUGGAAAAUCCAAAUCUUCCGUUCAAUCAUCGCAUGCCUUCCGAUCUGCGGAUGGAUACGCCGCUUGUUGACAGUAUACCGACGCUGCUGUCGGCUGCCGCUGAGGGAAGCGAGCAACACGAUCUCGUUCAGCAACUAUGCCAACUGCAAAAGUCAUAUUGCCAAGUUCAGGAAAUGAUUCAGGCAGCCGAAUUAAAUAUUCAAAAGGCAGACGAAGAGGUUAUGCAGCUUCUUCGGGGAAAUGACAAGUCAUCCGGUUCUGUGGUAAAUGGAAUUAAUGACAAGGCUGAAGAUGACAGAAGCCCAGAGUUGAGACGAAGCAGGCGCCUUGCCAAUACCGUACAAAUACCCAUGACCCUUCUUGACCCAGCGAGCCUAAUCGUGAAAUUCACCCGGCACAUUGGGCCAGUGACGGAUUAUUCUUUUAGUGUAUCCCCCGAUGGGCAUUUUUUUCGGACCGUCGUGGAGUUUUUUCAUGAGGAUGAUGUGAUUUACGCGUUGCAAAUUCUGAACGGAGGUGGGAGUAGUAAAGCUGCAACUCAUUCCACAAAACGUACCCGUUUAGAGUGUGACGCCGAAGAGGCAUUAUCGCCUCUAUCCGUGUACAAUUGGGGUGAAGACGCAUCGGCUGACUUGCUGCGUCCACCUGAUCUCUCUCUGUUUUAUAACCCCGCACACAUUCAAGCCAUGAAUGUGCUUCAGUCGUGCUUGAAUUGA